AUGGCUGAGCCCAGCUACUCCGACCUGAUCGCCAAACACUACAACUACACCGGCAAGUUCCGCAAGACGGAGCAGGACUCGGGUCUGAAAGCCGACUCGGUGGUCUUCAUCAUCGUGUGUUGCUUCAUCAUCCUGGAGAACAUCCUGGUCCUGACCACCAUCUGGAGGACCAAGAAGUUCCACAAGCCCAUGUACUACUUCAUUGGGAACCUGGCACUGUCUGACCUGCUGGCCGGCGUCGUCUACACCGCCAACAUCCUGCUGUCGGGGGCCAACACCUAUAAGCUGACGCCCACGCAGUGGUUCUUCCGGGAGGGCAGCAUGUUUGUGGCGCUGGCGGCCUCCGUUUUCAGCCUGCUGGCCAUCGCCAUUGAGCGCCACCUCACCAUGCUGAAGAUGAAGCUGCACAACAACGGCAACACCUGCCGCGUCUUCCUGCUCAUCAGCACCGUGUGGAUGAUCGCGGCGGUGCUGGGCGGCCUGCCGGUGAUGGGCUGGAACUGCAUCCAGAGCAUGACGCAGUGCUCCACUGUGCUGCCGCUCUACCACAAGACCUACAUCCUGUUCUGCACCACCGUCUUCAGCAUCAUCCUCAUGGCCAUCGUGGUGCUCUAUGCUCGGAUCUACGCACUGGUGCGCACUCGCAGCCGCAAACUCGUGUUCCGCAAAGUGUCCAACGGACGCGGCAAUGCCGGCGCCAACAGCAAGAGCUCAGAGAAGUCGCUGGCGCUGCUGAAGACUGUCAUCAUCGUCCUGAGCUGCUUCAUCGCCUGCUGGGCGCCGCUCUUCAUCCUCCUGCUGCUGGACGUGGCCUGCGAGACGCAGAGCUGCCCCAUCCUCUACAAGGCGGAGUGGUUCCUGGCGCUCGCCGUCCUCAACUCCGCCAUGAACCCGCUCAUCUACACGCUGACCAGCAACGAGAUGCGCCGCGCCUUCCUCAAGACCCUGCUGUGCUGCACUGCCUGCAUCCGGCCCAAUGCCAAGUUCACCGGGCCAAUCGUGGGCGCGGAGUUCAGCCGCAGCAAGUCGGAUAACUCCUCCCACCCCAACAAGGAGGAGGUGGAGUACUCGCCGAGGGAAACGACGGUGGCGUCCUCGGGGAACGUCACCUCGUCGUCCUAAGCGUCCGAGCGCUCGGCCGUUAAUGAGUCGUAGAGAGGAGGACGUACGGGGUCAGAUGGACAGUUUGUGUUUGUAAAG